AUGGCUUCUGCAGCAACAGAGGAAGAGAAGGGGUCUCCUGUAGUGGUGGGGCUGCUGGUUGUAGGCAACAUCAUUAUUCUGUUGUCAGGCCUGGCCCUGUUUGCCGAGACAGUGUGGGUGACAGCUGACCAGUACCGUGUGUACCCACUGAUGGGCGUCUCGGGCAAGGAUGAUGUCUUCGCUGGCGCCUGGAUUGCCAUCUUCUGCGGCUUCUCUUUCUUCGUGGUGGCCAGCUUUGGUGUAGGAGCCGCACUCUGCCGCCGUCGGUCCUUGAUGCUCGCGUACCUGUUGCUGAUGCUCAUCGCCUACAUCUUUGAGUGUGCCUCUUGCAUCACGUCCUACACCCACCGUGACUAUAUGGUGUCCAACCCGUCCCUGAUCACCAAGCAAAUGUUGACCUUCUACAGUGCGGACAGCGACCAGGGCCAGGAGCUCACCCGCCUCUGGGACCGGGUCAUGAUUGAGCAAGAAUGCUGUGGCACAUCUGGCCCCAUGGACUGGGUGAAUUACACAUCAGCCUUCCGGGCAGCCACUCCAGAAGUGGAAUUCCCCUGGCCCCCUCUGUGCUGCCGUCGGACAGGGAACUUCAUCCCCAUCAAUGAAGAAGGCUGCCGAGUGGGCCACACGGACUACUUGUUUACCAAGGGCUGCUUCGAGCACAUCGGUCAUGCCAUUGACAGCUACACAUGGGGCAUAUCUUGGUUCGGCUUCGCUAUCUUGAUGUGGACACUCCCUGUGAUGCUGAUAGCCAUGUAUUUCUACACCACUCUCUGA